AUGGGUGUGGUCGUACCUAAUCAACCCGCGGCUAGGGUCACUAAGCAUGGAGCCGUCGUGGAUUCUGGAGCGGAGAAUCACAACACAAAGCUGACACGGAUGCAGGUGGAGCACUACGGCAUGAAGAGGGAUCUUGCGAUCUGGAAAGCAGCAGUCACCGCCGUCGGAGCGGCGAUGGGUUACAGUGUCGAUCAGCUCCUUGCAGGAGCUGCACACGUCUUGCCGGCGCAAGGUUUUGAAGGGGGCGCGGCGACACCUGGGGGCAGCCGGUCCACUGCACCCUCCACCCCCAACCCCCGUGCAGCAACGCAGCUUUGCACUACCGACAGCCCCGGUUCCAAAGGAGGAUCUGCUGAGAGCGUAGCAGUGGACGGUGCAGGCAGUGGCACAGUCAAGCUAGGGGUGGUUCAUCCCAGCCCCUGCGCGCUACCCGUGCCUGCCGCUCCGAGGUGGUCGAUAAAUGGCACAGAGGGAAGUAUGCACGUCACGCACCAGGCAGAGCCGGCGGUGGCUCAUGCAUGUGGAGCAAGGCUCGUGGUGCUGGCUAUGCCGGCAAAGAAAAAACGAGAAGACCCGCAUGCGUCGGGGGCAGAUGCUGAGGGCGGCGCUACUACUUGCAAGAGCAAGGGUAAGGGACAGGGUCGUAGUUCACAGUACAAGGGUGUGCGCAGGGAGAAGCGCGGUAGGUGGAGCGCCAAGAUUUUGUUCCGAGAGAAGAAUAAGAAGAAGCGGACGCAGAUGAGGCUGGGUGUGUACAAUAAGGAGCUGGAGGCUGCCACGGCGUACGCAGCAGCGGUGCACGUGGUCAAAGAUGGUAAGCGCGUGUCAGGCAUAGUGGAGCUGAUGGAUGAGGAGAAGGGUAUGCUGGAGGGGUGCACGUUGGCAGCUGUCAAGCGGCUGGUUAGGAGCCGUCAGUGGUUCCGAUGGCAGGAGUGGAAGACGGCACUAGUGGACUGCACGGAGGAGGAGACAGCAGAGGACGGCGAUGAGCACUCCGACUCGCAAGAUGAUGACGCGGGGGAUGCAGCCGGAUGUGCCGUGGAGGAAGGAGAUGAGGUGAUUGAGUUGGAUGGGGAAGGGUUGGGCGACGCAGAGGGAACGGCCGGGCGGGGCAUACCUCAUGAACUCAAUGAGGACGCUGCUGCAGCGAUGGGAGGUGUGGCUAGUGCGGCCCAUGGUGCAUCGCAAGUUUCGCCGAAUGCGGCGGUCGCGUCUAGCGUCGGUGCGAGCGAUGAGGAUGUGGGUAGCGAUGGCGAAGGGGAGGCUGCGCCUGUCCGAUCCAAGGCUGUUGCCUCCGUUAUGGCCGAAGAGCCUAGCGCGGCAAAAGGAAAGGCUGCGGCGUCUCCGCUUAAACCGGUGGCUAACAACCCCUUUGAGGCAAUGCCCUCCGCAUCUGCGCAGCUGUCAAGUGGAUCUCGUCAGGAUGAGACGGUUGCCGAUGACGCCGUCGUGAUUAGCCGCGCCGACCUCGAGGCGCUGAAGACGGCGAGAGACGAGGGCGAGCGUCGGAUUGCGCGGCUGGAGGCGCUGCUGCUGGCCAUAAACGAGAGGGAAACACACAACAAGAGGCCGAGGGGUCUGAGGGAGGAACGGGUGCAGGGUGAUGCGUGGCCGCGCAAGCGCAGGCGGGUCGAAUCGGGCUCGGAGGACGCAACAUCGGAGGAGGGAGAGGAAGAAGAUGCGGAGGCGGAGCCAGUGAGGGCACGCCGUGUGGUCCGGCGGCGCCACAUGACAGUGUCGAGCUCACCCAUACUUCAUGAGGCAUUUGAUUUCCUGCCGUCCGGCAAAGCAUGGAAGGUUACCGACACGGUUCUUAACUGGGACAAGCGCAAGGCCCGCCUAUCAAACUCUGCUGGUGGCAACGCGGAGGUGGUGAACGGCCUCCACCAGGUCGCCGAGGGGGCAGUGGCGCAAGCGAUCCAAGACUUCAAGCCCAAGUACGAUGCUGAUGCCCAGGCGUGGGUAUGGGGGGAGCACGGGCUGAUGCUGUCCUCGUGCGGGCUAGAGCACUUGAUUCGAGGCCGUUACGCGCAGAGGGCGCCAAUCGUGGAAGACGGUGGUUCGGUUUCUCUGGGCACUGAUUGA